AUGGCUCGUCGUGAACGUAACCGUAUGGAUGAACUUUCUGGUGCUGAAUAUUUGGCGAGUAUUUAUGGGACAGAAAAAGACAAAGUCAAUUGUUCUUUCUAUUUUAAAAUUGGCGCUUGCCGUCAUGGUGAAAAGUGUUCGCGGACUCAUAAUAUUCCUUCAUUUUCGCAAACUGUGCUUUUAAAGAAUAUGUAUCACAGUCCAAUAAUUAAUACACAAUUAGCAGAAGCAUAUUCGAAGCUUCAUUCAGCAAAUGCUUUAAUGCUAAAAUCUGGGGAAGAAGCUGAAAUCGAGCAGCGUUAUUUUGAAGAAUUUUUUGAAGAAGUAUUUACUGAACUUGAUUCAAAAUAUGGAAGGAUUGAAGAAAUGAAUAUUUGCGACAAUAUUGGUGAACAUAUGAUUGGGAAUGUUUAUGUUAAAUUCUAUGAUGAAGAGGAUGCUGAAGCUUGUGUUAAGGGACUUGAGAAUCGUUGGUUUAAUGGUGAACCUAUUUAUGCGGAACUGUCACCUGUGACUGAUUUUCGUGAGGCUUGCUGUCGACAGUAUGAACUGGGUGAUUGCAGCAAGGGAGCCUUCUGCAAUUUUAUGCAUUUAAAACCUAUUUCGCGUGAACUUCGCCGCCGUUUAUAUGGUUCUCGAGCUAGAACGCCUGAUCGUUUUGGGAAAACACAGCCACGCAGAGAUCGUGAAUGGGAACAUGAUGAUCGAACUGAAAGAGACGGAGGAAGCAAUAGACGUCGUUCCCGAAGUCCGAGAGCAAGAAGACAUUGACAAGGAUUAUACACGCCAUUC